GCCGGAGCGGGCGGGGGGGGGGCGCGCGGUCGCCCGCCAUGUUCGCCGAGAUGAACCGCAGGACCUUGGCGUUCCGUGGGGGAGGCCUGGUCAGCGCCACCACCGCCACCGUGGGAGGAGGGGGUGGCGGUGGCCCGACAGCUAACGGCAAUAGCGGGAGUGGUGGCAGCAGUGGCCAGGGCGAGGCCUGGGUCCGUCAGGAAGCCGAGCAGUUGAACGGCCAGGGGGUGGAGGAGGAAGUGGAGCUAGAGACUGUGGAACUGGAGGUGGCCGAGGUGGAGGCCUCGGACACUGCCGGAAAAGAGCUCUCGCCGACCCCUCCUUCGGACUCGGCGAGCGCUGCUACAUCCGUCGCUGCCCCGGUCGGCCCCAUGUUCGCCGAGAGGAAUCGUCGGACCUUGGCCUUCCGUGGUGGGGGCUUGGUGGCGGCAGCAAACAAUGGCUGCGACGGGGCGGCCUGGUCGCGGCGGCCGUUGAACGGGCGGGGUGGUGGCGGAGAGGAGGAGGAGCUGGAGUUGGAGGGGCUGCUGGAGGGGAAAGAGCUGGUGCAGGACGGGGGGUCGCUGAGCGACAGCAGCGAGGACGAGGAAGACGGCGAGGGGGGCAGCCUGGGUGAUGGCAGCGGCGCAGAGGGCGGCAGCUGCAGCAGCAGCAGGCGGUCUGGGGGGGAUGAGGCGGAGGUCAACAGCGUAGGCGCGGGGGAGGGGGAGAGUAUCCAACACUUUCCGCUGGCAACCCGGCCCAAGUCCCUCCUGCAGAAGCUGCACGUCUCCUUCCAGAGCUGCUGGCUUAAGGAGUUCCCGUGGCUACAGUACUGUCAGAAGACAGGGCUAGUGUCCUGUGCUUGGUGCACCGCUGCCGUCCCUACCACCUCUUCUACAGACGGCAGCAGCAGCAACAACAGCAGCAGCAGGGGCCACGACGAUCUCUGCAAGGGUACCCGCAAUUAUAAACGCGCCCUAUUUCUCAGGCAUCAUCUGUCAGCUGAGCAUCGUCUCAAUGAGCCAGUCACUGCUGAGCAGGAAUCUGAAUUAACAUCAGAAUUGGCUAAUGAGAGAGAUUGUGAUUAUAAUAUUAGGCCAAAUGAGAACUCUUACUGCUAUCAACUAUUGCAAGAAUUAAACGAGCAAAGGAAAAAGGGCAUUCUCUGUGAUGUCAAUAUUGUGGUGAGUGGAAGAGUCUUCAGAGCUCACAAAAAUAUUCUGGUUGCAGGCAGCCGUUUCUUCAAGACUCUGUAUUGCUUUACAAACAAAGAAAAUCGUAACCAAACCACUGUUACCUACUUAGAUGUUGUUGCUGUUCAAGGCUUCUCUGUCAUCUUGGACUUUCUAUACUCUGGUAAUCUUGUGCUUACAAGCCAGAAUGCAAUUGAAGUUAUGUCAGUGGCCAGCUACCUUCAGAUGACAGAGGUUGUGCAAUCCUGUCGUAAUUUUAUCAAAGAUGCCUUAAAUAUAAGCAUAAAAUCAGAAGCCCCAGAAGCUGUAGUUGUGGAUUAUAAUAGAAGAUCAGUGAGUAGAGAUGGGUUAUCUUCAAGGGAUCAGAAAGUUGCUAGUUUUUGGGCUACAAGAAAUCUAACUAACUUGGCAAGCAACAUAAAAACUGAAAAUGAUGGCUACUGCAUUGAUGAAAGCCAGUCUGAAAACUACCAAAUUAAUGAUUGGGUCCAGGACAGCUCACCCGAAAUGGCUGAAAACGAAUCUCAAGGUGAAGGGAAGGUCUUUGUGUGGAAUGAUAUGAGUUCACAGGGACAAUCGCUUCAAGAACCUGGAAAAACGAGGAGGAAAAACCCAGGUGCAAAAAGAUUUGUUUACAAUAUACCACCCAAUAACGAUGAGCCGUUAGAAGACUGCUCAGCUGCUCAAACUUCAGUACAGUAUCCAGAAGAAGAUCUGCAGUUUAUCAAGGAAGAAGUAGCAGGUACCUCAAAUGAUUUCAAGUUUGGAAUAUUUCCUAGUAUCACCAAUGAUUUCAAGUUUGGGUUACUACCAGGGACUUCAAAUGAUUUCAAAUAUGGAUUGCUACCUGAAUCCUGGCCAAAAGAAAACUGGGAAAAUGGUGAUUCUUCUCUAAUCAUGAAUAAAUUGAAGUGUCCACACUGUAACUAUGUAGCCAAAUAUAGAAGAACACUAAAGAGACAUUUGCUCAUUCAUACAGGAGUGAGGUCUUUCAGCUGUGAUAUUUGUGGAAAACUGUUUACUCGUAGAGAACAUGUAAAAAGACAUUCCUUGGUUCACAAAAAGGAUAAGAAGUACAAAUGUAUGGUGUGCAAGAAGAUUUUCAUGCUAGCAGCUAGCGUUGGAAUAAGACAUGGAUCUCGGCGUUAUGGUGUUUGCGUUGACUGUGCAGACAAAUCUCAGCCAGGAGCGCAAGAGGGAGUAGACCAGGUACAAGACACCGAUUUUCCUAGAGAUGAAGAGUUUGAAGAAAAUGAAGUAGGGGAAGCUGAUGAAGAGCUACCUGAUGAUAUAGAAGAACAGAAUGACCAGACUCGGUGGGAUGAAUCUGGGGAAGUCUGUGUGCCUUUAGAAGACUGAGGGGAUUUGAUCUUAUAGAUGCUUUAUUUUGACGUCAUACAGACUGACCAUGUUGAAUUUUUGGACUGAAGGAUUGGAAAAAAUAUGGUACAGGCUGGAUGAAAGUUAUGUUGCUGUGAAAAUUAUAGGGUUAAAGCCUUAUAGCAAAAAAAAAGAUUAUUAAUUUUUUAAAAGAUAUUUGCACAGGACUGUACAGUCAUUUGGUUGAAUUAUAUAGAGUCUUCACACCUACAGUCAAUUAUCAAAGUAAAAAUGUAUUUUUAUUAUUUAUAGGAUAUUACUAUUUGGGUCCUAAUCUGGCAUAGUACUAACUAUGCCUGUGUUAAUCAUUCAUGUGUCUCUUAACAUGGAUGAAAUAAAUUGCAAUUUUUGGAGAUGGCUCCCUUGAUUCCAAUCAUAGUUUUUGAACAAAAGUGGCUAGUCUGGCAUAGUGGCUCGCGUUUCCUAAAAGGAGGCUUUACCUCACCUCUCUUGCCAUUGCCCUUCCCCUGAUAGUUUCAGUAUCCAGCUUCUGGAUGACAUGAAUCUGUGUGACUUAAUUUUGUCAGGAUAUGAUAGCUGACAAGUCCUGGAAACCUAAUCACUGAUAUUUAAUUUCCUGACUUACUAGGUUUCAGUACUUUGAGUUUUCAAAAUGCUACAGCUCUUUCACCAAAUGUUAAUAAUGACUUAAAACUGCAAGGAAGAUUGUGAUUGGAGUGAAAGAAAUGUUCUCCUUGUCACUUAAAGAACUUUAUGUUAGACACUUUUUGGCGUGGCUGCCCAUAUUUUAAUUUAUGUUUUUGUUAGCACUAUUCUAUUGGCUAUUACUUUUAUUCACUACUGUAUACCUCAAUCCAUCACAAAGCUUAGAGUCCUAGAAUCUGAAAAGGCGUGUAAUUGAUAUUUUUGAUUUUAAUAGUCCAGCCCAAUUUGUCUGCUUUUGUCUAGUUUUUGUUAUGUGAAAAAUUAGACAUAAGGCUAUCUACUUUUUUGUGCCCCUUUGCUUUUCAUUAAAGUAAACACAAACUGAAUCUUUGCUUCUCUCCUAUUUUGGGGGUUCUUUUAUAUACCAAACAAACUAUGUUUAACUUGGCAGCUUAAUUUGCUGGAACUUCUUUUUUUAAAAAAGAAAAUUGUUAGUAUAAUUGCUGGAGCUAUUUAUCCCCAAUGCUCUUUGCUUCUGUUUUUGGAUGAGACAUUGAAACUUGAAUUUUUGUAGCCAUAAAUCUUUUCUAAACUUGUUAUAUUGUACCAAUGAUUUCAGGCCUUUUUUUCUGAGGGAAGGGAGGGUAUUGCACCUUUUUUAUGCUUAGUAUUCUCAGCUUCAUCUAGCCUGAAUGCACGUGAGCUACCUGAAGUUUAGACACUGCAUUCAAUAUAUUACUAUGUCACAGUGAAUAAAUAUGCACAGCAUUUAUCAUAAUACAUAGCUAGGCCAGUGUGAUAGUACUGUAUUAUAAGUUGAGGGUCACCAUAUUUGAGUUUAUUAACUUUAAAAUGAGUAUAUUUUCCUAUUUUAUAUCUGCGAACUAAAUUAUGGUAGUUGUGUGGUAAACUUAAUUGCUUUGACAGAUAGAAUCUUAAUGGUGCUCCAUCUGUUCAAAGUUUUUAUAUAUAUAUAUAUAUAUAAAUAUAUAUAAAAUAUAUUUAAAGAGACAGCUUUAUUAUCCCUUAUUUCAAUACAACAAUGGAUUAAUGUUGGACGCUGUUUCUGCUGGAUGAAACAGACUGAAUCAUAUGGGUAUUGUAUAAUCUUUUCUAUCCAAAUACAUCAUUGGUAGAUUCCACAUCACUGUAAACCUGACAGAUAAGUAGUUCUUGGGUUUUCUUUUAAGAACUGAAUACAUCUUAUUCUCUUCUAGACUGAAAUGAGUAAUGUGUAAUUCUGUUGGGGUCCAAAGUAGAAAAUAGCGGGGAAACAUAAUAUGAAUGGGAAGUAUUUUAAACGUUAAGUAAAUGUUCUGCUCUGUGAAUAUGUAAGUUAUAGUAUAAAGAUUUCUUCCAUCCCAUUUAUUCCCCAUAAAAUAGUUUACAAUUGAUCUACCUAUCUUGUCCUAAAAUCACCUAAAUCUGCUUUAUUAUAACAUACUAUUCACUUAAUGCUUAAACUGGACCUGGCUUUACAUUCUUAAUGUAUUUUACUUAUUCUCUUGAAACCGAAUCUCCUUUUGCUACUUAAAUCAUUUGUGUAUAUCUGGUAAAUUAUGACCAAAUCUGUUGUUAGAUUAAAUACAGUAAAUUGAAAUAUACACUUGG